AUGCAAACCCAGAUGGUGAAAAGGAAGAGCCAAAGGCAAAGCCCUCCAUGGGAGGACUUAGACCCUUUUGUGUUGUCAAUGAUUUUCGGAUGUUUAAGUCUCCAGGACUUGCUGUUUUGCCCUCCUUAUGUGUGCCGGGCAUGGCUGUCAGCAACCAUACACACCCUUUUCCGGAAUUCAAUUCUAGACCUUCGUUUGAUCGAUGAUCUUGAUGAUGAAAAGCAACGGUCGAGAUUUACACAUCUGCUGAAACUGGCCAUUAAUCACUGCCAGGAGGAUUGGGUCACAAUCUACUUUCCAAGUAACUACUUCUUUGGAUACUUUGCAACUGUUUACAUAGCUGAAAGAACUCCUAAUAUUUCUAGUCUGUUUUGGCCUUCUGAUGUUAGUUCCAGGGCCUUGCCUAUAUACAUAUCUUUGUUUUAUUGGAAGAAGCUUAGGGUUUUUCAUGCAAGAUUGAAUCCUGAAGAAUGGUUUGCCGUGUUAUCGCAAGUCGCUGAGUUCUGUAAGAAUCUUGUGGAGCUUGGUGUGCAUGGAGAAGUCACAGAAAAAGAAGUUUUAUGUGUUGUAGAAGGCUUUCCAAGGCUUAGACUGUUAGAUUUAUCUGAGUCUACUUUGUCUAAUAAAGCUCUAGAGAUUCUGUUGGAUCAAAGAUUGCAGAACCUGAAAGAGCUUAAUAUAUUACACUGUUUGAUUCUGGACGAUGAUGGUAACGACAUUAGUGAUGGAGAUUAUUGUGCAGUGAAAGCUUGGAGAAAACAAUUGCUUGAAAAAGCUUGUAAGUUUAUGAAUCUGAAGAAAUUUUUGCACUGUCUAGAGAGAUCUUGUCAGGAAUGUAAAGAUGUUGUGUCAAACAGUGAUAAAUAG